AUGGCAAUGACACGUGGAAGGAAGAGGCCCAUGUCCCCCAUCCCUUGCCUCAUGCUUGUGGCUGCCAGCUGUUUUGCCAAACUGAGUGAAUCUCUGCAGGUCACAGUGCAACCUGCUUCUAUUGUCCAAAAGCUUGGAGGCCCCGUCAGCCUGGGGUGUGUGGUGGACCCCCCUCGCGUGAACCUCACCUGGAGACUGAAUGGGAAGGAGCUGGCUGGAUCGGACGAGGUGCUGGGUAUCCACGUGGAGCAAGGGAAGCUCAUCAUCACGGCUCUCAACAACCGCACCGUGGGGCGCUACCAGUGCAUUGCUCGUGUGCCUGAAGGAGUCAUUGCCAGUGUCCCUGCAGUGGUAACCUUAGCUAAUCUCAAAGAUUUCAAGUUUGAUGGCCAGCAUGUGAUUGAGGUGGAUGAAGGGAACACAGCCGUGAUUGCCUGCGACCUGCCCGAAAGUCACCCCAAGGCCCAGGUCCGCUACAGUGUGAAGCAAGAGUGGCUGGAGGCCUCCCGAGACAAUUAUCUUAUUAUGCCAUCUGGAAACCUUCAGAUCGUUAAUGCCAGCCAGGAGGAUGAGGGGACUUAUAAAUGUGCUGCCUACAACCCCGUGACACAGGAAGUGAAAACUUCAGUCUCCAGUGAGAGGCUCCGUGUGAGACGCUCCACAGCGGAAGCAGCACGGAUAAUUUACCCUCCUGAGGCUCAGACCAUCAUUGUCACCAAGGGCCAGAGCCUGAUUCUGGAGUGUGUGGCCAGCGGGAUCCCCCCACCGCGGGUCACCUGGGCCAAGGAUGGCUCCGGCGUCUCCGCUUACAACAAGACGCGCUUCCUGCUCAGCAACCUCCUGAUCGACCCCACGAGCGAGGAGGACUCGGGCACCUACAGCUGCACAGCUGACAAUGGCGUUGGGGAGGCCGGGGCCGCGUUCAUCUUCUACAACGUGCAGGUGUUUGAACCCCCAGAGGUCACCAUGGAGCUAUCCCAGCAGAUCAUUCCCUGGGGCCAGAGUGCCAAGUUCACGUGCAAGGUGCGAGGGAACCCGCAGCCCUCGGUGAUGUGGCUGCGCAACGCGGUGCCUCUGUCGGGCAGCCACCGGCUGCGGCUGUCGCGCCGGGCGCUGCGGCUGCUCAGCGUGGGGCCCGAGGACGAGGGCAUCUACCAGUGCAUGGCCGAGAAUGAGGUGGGCAGCGCCCAAGCCAUGGUGCAGCUGAGGACAGCUGGCCCGGGAGCUCCACUCAACCCUGGGCGAGAUGCCCAGCUGGACUCAGCUCAACCUCCAACACCACCUUCCAGAGACAGCGCCUUAAAGCUGCCCUUGGAUAUAGCUGGACUGCCAAAGCCUGGGACAACCCCUCUAGCAGCAUCUCCACAGUGUGCAGCCAACAAAGAGCUGGUGACUCCAGCCGAAGCCCCCAUCAUCCUCAGUUCUCCACGGACAUCCAAGACAGACAGCUACGACCUGGUGUGGAGACGCCGGCCUGACAGCAGAGCCCCGAUCCUCUAUUACGUGGUGAAGCAUCGCAAGCAGGUCACCAACGCCUCGGACAGCUGGGCUGUGAGGGAUGUCCCAGCCUCGCAGCACCGCCUGACCCUCACCAGGCUGGACCCUGGGAGCCUCUACGAGGUGGAGAUGGCUGCUCACAACUGUGCUGGCGAGGGACAGACAGCCAUGGUGACCUUCCGUACCGGCCGGCGCCCAAAACCAGAGAUUGUUGCCAGCAAAGAGCAGCAGAUCCAGAGGGAUGACCCAGGCACGAGCACGCAGAGCAGUAACCAGGCCGACAACAGCCGUCUGUCCCCUCCAGAGGCACCGGACCGUCCAACCAUCUCCAUGGCCUCAGAGACAUCUGUGUACGUGACCUGGAUCCCCCGUGGGAAUGGCGGGUUCCCCAUCCAGUCUUUCCGCGUGGAGUAUAAGAAAUUGAAAAAGUUGGGAGACUGGGUCCUGGCCACCAGUGACAUUCCUCCCUCUCGCCUCUCUGUGGAAAUCCCAGGCCUGGAGAAAGGCACAUCCUAUAAAUUCCGUGUCCGGGCGCUGAACAUCCUGGGAGAGAGCGAGCCCAGCGCAGCGUCUCGGCCGUACGUGGUGUCCGGGUACAGUAACCGCGUCUACGAGCGCCCCGUGGCCGGGCCCUACAUCACCUUCACGGAUGCCAUCAAUGAGACCACCAUCAUGCUCAAGUGGAUGUACAUCCCAGCCAGCAACAACAACACUCCCAUCCAUGGAUUUUACAUCUACUACCGCCCCACUGACAGUGACAAUGACAGUGACUACAAGAAGGACGUGGUGGAAGGAGAUCGGUACUGGCACUCCAUCAGCCACCUGCAGCCAGAGACCUCGUAUGACAUUAAGAUGCAGUGCUUCAAUGAGGGAGGUGAAAGUGAGUUCAGCAAUGUGAUGAUCUGUGAAACCAAAGCUCGGAAGUCUCUUGGACUGCCAGGUCGCCUUCCACCCUCCCCAGUGCCCCCUCAGCAGCGUCCCCCACUCAGUGGUGGGCACAGUGGCCUGGGGACAGGAGCCAUGGUGGCCCGUUCCAGCGACUUGCCGUACUUGAUUGUAGGCGUUGUGCUGGGAUCCAUUGUCCUUCUCAUUGUGGCUUUCAUCCCCUUUUGCCUUUGGAGAGCUUGGUCCAAGCAGAAGCAAACCAUUGACAUGGGCUUCCCGGGAGCUGGGCUGCUGGUGUCAUCCUGCCAGUACACCAUGGUGCCUCUGAGAGGCAUCUCUGCUCCUCGUACCAAUGGACAUCCCUUUGCCAAUGGGCAGCCCUAUGCCAGCAGGGCACAUCUGAAUGGCAUCUGCACCUCUGCAGGAGUGGGGUACGCAAGCACCAAGCCCCGAGAUUACAGCCCUGAUGAAAUGCCACAGUCACACGAGGAGACCAAUGCCUUGCUGCAGGCAGGAGUGCUGCAGAAUAGGAGUGCCCAGCAAGACUACCAGCCCUCCAGAUUGCCCAGCUCCAGAACAGAAGACAACUCUUUCCUCUACAGUCUCCCAGAUGACUCCACUCAUCAGCUUCUUCAGCCACAAGAUGAUUGUCCUCACCUUCAAGAGCACUUUGUUGGCCUCCACCAUCCAGUGAUAGGAAGCAAAGUGGGAGGGCCUAGCCUGGAUGCUCGACGGGAUACCCUCUUCCACCAAGGAAGCCCUUGCUGCUUAGGGCUAGUGCCAGUUGAAGAGGUAGAAAGACUAGACUGCUGCCAGUCCAGAGGAGAUCUCCAUGCCCAGAAUCCGGUGAUCACAUCUUUGGGUCAGGACCUACCAAGACAUCUGAACAGCAGCCCUCCACCACUGAGACCCUUAGAGAUUCAUCCUCCCACCAGCUAGGGACCAAGCUGCCUUUUGCAAAAGACUUAUUCUAAAGAGAAAAAGAGAAAGGGUAUUUAUUUUUGUAUAACACCCCUAUUUAUAUAUUUAUGCACUUGUAUAUAGAUGUAUAUGUGCCUUUUAUAAUGCUAUGGAGACAGAAGGCAUCCUCAGCAAGGUCACAGGAGGACCCAGGAAACAAGGCAGCAGCUCUCAGUCGCACCAUCAGAGCAUACAAUGGAAACAGCUGGACAAGGGACACUGCAGGACAUGGGUCCAAACAGAGCUGCCAGCACCAUCUUGCAGUGAGGGUUUCACAACAAAUAAUGCUGCCCAAAAGGUCUUUUCCUUUCCCCCACAGGAAAAGUUUGUUCCAGGAACAUGCUCCUGUGAAUGGACUGGAGUUAUGCACUCUGCCUAAUCAACUUAAACAACCUUUCACAUACACGCCAUCUGCAGCUGCCUAUCUGUAAAGACAAA